GCCUCUGCCUUCUCCCUUAAUCUUCUCGCCGAAGGCACUACAUGAGGAUGUCUACGCAUCAGAGCCUGAACAAGCCGACUGACGUACAAUCUAACACUAUGCAGCAAGGUACUCAAACUCGGCCGCGAGAAGCUAGGAACGCUCUGGAGAGGGCCCUACUCAAGUUACCUCCAGGUGUUGUCCCCGAUCGUAUGUUCCCCACCGACGAAGAAAUCGACGAGGAGUUCCGUCCCGACGGUUACCCGGAAGAAGAACUGCCCGCACUUCGUCAGUGGUACCAUGACAGGUGCAACCACCUCUUCAAAGAACAAACCGAGACACCAUCGAUGUUAUCGGGCUCAAACCCAUGAAAGGUGACCAGAUUUACGCCAUCGAAAUCCCAGACAGUCCCUUUUCAGUUCGCUUAGGAGACGGCGGCCUCCUCUCACAGGGUCUUUACCAUCCCGAUUUCAUCAACACUCUCACUCGCGUACCGGUGAAUGUCAGGCAUUACCAACUCCAUACCGCUCCACGCACUGGUACCCUUCUUGGACUGAACCACUCAUCCCAUGGGAACAGGUAUUCCGUAUCCCUGAGGAGGAGUUAGAGUCCGAUGCGGAGCGGUUUAGUAUACCUCAUGGCGUGAGCUGCUGCUUGAAGCGUCCCGGACAGGACGAUUUUUGGUUCGAUGUGCCGGAGAUACCACGCCCUGCUAUUCAUGCUCAGAUGACACUCACCACCACGUAGACUUCAAGUCUCUUUCACCGCUGGGGUGGUAUUUUUUAUGUAUACUUUUUGUGUUUCUGUCCUGUUCUCGACUGGACUUCGAUACCCGUAGUUACCUUCACCUACACAAGUACAAGAUUCACCCUCGCUCGGAAGAGAGUCGAAGGUUGAUAAUAAAUUACAGAAUACUUUC